AUGGGGGUGGAUUUCGAGGAGCACCAGGGUGAGAUUUUCAGCUCGGCCCCGGGGACAGCGACCUUCGGGGAGCUGGAGGCGGACGGCGCCGGUUCAGCCCAGGGCCGGUCCGGCGCCGGGCCCGCGGGCGGCGCGCUGCGGCUGGAAAACCCGGAGAGGUGGAUCGAGCGGCCCAGCCGAGCCCCCGCGGUCCGGCCCGAGCUGGGCAUGCUCAGUGGCGGCGUCUGCGGGGCGCGCGGCGGCGGCCGGGAUCCCCGGCGAGGAGGGGGGGCGGGGGCGGGCCGCCCGCGGUCUCAGCCCGGGGCCCAGGGCCACGCUCCCCCGGGGCCGCGGAAAGUUUCCCCCCCGGCGGCCCCCCCCACCGCCUGGCCCGCGCCCGGCCGGGCGGGUCUGGGCCCCUUGGCGAGGAGCCCGGCCCCGGAGCGCUCCCCCCGGCCGGGUGUGCGCGCGGGGCUGGGGGGGAGCGUGCCCGGCGGGCGGCGCCGACCGCUGCGUUCCUCCCGCAGCGCCCGGCGAGCGCGCGCGGGGCCGCGAGGGCGCCUGUCUGCGAAGUGCUGCUCCCUGGCGCCCAGAGGCGGCGGCUCCAGCUCCCACUCAUUCAUUCGCCGGCGAACAUGCGAGAUCAUGGCCGCCUUCGGGCUUCUCAGCUAUGAGCAGAGACCGCUGAAACGGCCCCGGCUCGGGCCGCCGGACGUCUACCCGCAGGACCCCAAGCAGAAGGAGGUGAGGGCGCCCGCGGCCUCCGCGGCCCCCGGGGCCGCGCUCCGCAGCGCUGACCGGGGCCAGGGCGGCGCGGCGGGGGAGGGUCGGGGGCUGGCGGCGGGCGCCGGGCUGGGGCGGGGGGACCCGGCCGCGGAGGCCGCGCGGCUGUCAGGUCCGCGCUCCCCUGGGGCGCGCGCUCCCCGGCGCAGGGGCGCUCCCCGGGUCGGGGCCUUGCGCGGCGCCGCUGCCGCUCCGGCCGCCUGCUUGGCCGCAACCCUGCAGCUCGCGCUCCCCCGCGUCUGCCCGCGUCCUGCUCCUUCUCCGCUCCGGGAAAUCGGCCUCAACGCGAAGCUACAGGGAAACCUGGCUUCACACAGAUACGUAGUUGCAAAGUUCCUGGGAGCUGCCAGGGUCUUGCAGGCAGAGGACCACUGGCUGGAUGAGCUCACCGCUGUGAAUGUGAAACAAGGGUUCACCAACCAGCCGGCCUUCACCGGAGACGAACACGGCUCAGCCAGGAACAUCGUCAUCAACCCGUCGAAGAUCGGAGCCUACUUCAGCAGCAUAUUAGCCGAGAAGCUGAAGCUGAACACCUUCCAGGACACCGGGAAGAAGAAGCCGCAAGUGAACGCGAAAGACAAUUACUGGCUGGUGACUGCUCGGUCGCAGAGUGCCAUCCACAGCUGGUUCUCCGACCUGGCGGGCAACAAACCGCUGGCUGUUUUGGCGAAAAAGGUCCCCAUCCUCAGUAAAAAAGAAGACGUCUUUGCGUACCUAGCCAGAUACUCCGUGCCAAUGGUCCGGGCGGUGUGGCUGAUCAAGAUGACGUGUGCCUACUACUCUGCCAUUUCCGAAGCUAAAAUUAAGAAACGCCAGGCUCCAGAUCCCAACGUGGCUGUAAUGUGUCUCCGUGGGAAAUGUCAGAUUGGCGAGCACGCAUCUCCCAGGGCAGUGUCUGGCGUGCAGAAGGUGCUCAGCAGUUUUAGGAUAAAUAAGUGCGACCUUGGCAGCAGCAUCGAGGGCGACGUGGUCACGGGCUGCGUGGCGCAGAAACUGCUCCGCCGUCACGAGCUGGAAGAGGGUCGAGGCCCCGUGUCUGUCAUCGUUCAAGCAGUUCAGGGUUCAAAACCGGAGUCGGCUGGGAAAGCCCAGUACGCCUGGUGGGUCGUGUCAGGGUCUGUCCUGGUUGUGACACUCUCAUCCUUGCACAAGACCUCGGGGAAAACUUGGCUGGCCGCCUGCUUCCUUCCCGGGUCCCGCGAGCAGGCAGUGGGCUUCCUGCAGCGCCGCGCGUAUCUGUCCCCCGUGACUCCCGACCUCAGGGAUGAGCAUCCCGAGGUGCAGACCCCUUUCUCCUCUCUCUGCGGGUCUCAGGAGAGCUGUGGGCCGUGGAGGCACUUGAUGCUGCUGCUCCGCACCACCCAGUGGACACAGAUAUCCACCCGGUAUCUCCGAGAGCAGCUGGCCAAGAUCUCCGACUUCUACCACCUGGCCUCCGGCGCCGGCCCGGUCCCUGUGCCCCCGGACGUGGAGCAAGCCCUGCGGCAGUGGGGGUACAACGCGAAGCUGGUGUUCCACAUGCUGCAGGAAGGAAUGCUAGAAAAGCACGAAUAUUUGACCUGGAUCCUGGACGUUCUGGAGAAGAUCAGACCGAUGGACGACGACCUCCUUAAGCUCUUGUUACCCCUGAUGCUGCAGUACUCGGACGAGUUUGUUCAGUCGGCCUACCUGUCUCGUCGCCUUGCCUACUUCUGUGCCCGGCGUCUUGCCUUGCUGCUGAGCGACAGCCCCGCCCUCCUCGCUGCCCACUCGCCCCACUUGAUGAUAGGACCAAACACCUCGAGCCUUGGGGCCCCCAGCCCUGCCCCCCCUGGCCCCGGCGUGAGCCCCGUGCAGCUGGCCUUCUCCGACUUCCUGUCCUGUGCACAGCACGGUCCCCUGGUGUAUGGACUUAGUUGUAUGUUGCAGACGGUCACUCUGUGCUGUCCAAGUGCCUUGGUGUGGAAUUACUCCUCCAGCGACAGCAGGAGCGCCAGCCCGGGCUCGCCGCUGGACCUGCUGCCGGUGGCGCCCUCCAGCCUGCCCAUGCCCGGCGGGAACACGCCGUUCAACCAACAGGUUCGGGCCAGGAUUUAUGAGGCGGAACAACAGAUAAAGCAGAGAGGCCGUGCGGUGGAAGUCCGGUGGUCCUUUGACAAGUGCCAGGAGUCCACGGCAGGGGUGACCAUCAGUCGGGUUUUGCACACCUUGGAGGUGUUGGAUCGGCACUGUUUUGACCGGACUGAUUCCAGCAAUUCCAUGGAGACGCUUUACCAUAAGAUCUUCUGGGCACACCAAAAUAAAGAUAACCACGAGGUCGCCCCCAACGACGAGGCGGUGGUGACGCUGCUGUGUGAGUGGGCGGUGAGCUGCAGGCGGUCGGGCAAGCACAGGGCCAUGGCGGUGGCCAGGCUGCUGGCGAAGAGGCAGGCGGAGCUCGAGGUGGAGCGGUGUGGCGAGUCGGAGGCCCUGGAUGAGAAGGAGUCCAUUUCCUCGGCCUCUCUUGCGGGAUCGAGUUUGCCUGUGUUCCAGAACGUUCUGCUAAGGUUUCUAGACACACAGGCCCCCUCACUGUCGGAUCCCAGCAGCGAGUGCGAGAAGGUGGAGUUCGUGAACCUGGUGCUGCUGUUCUGCGAGUUCAUCCGGCUCGACGUCUUCUCCCACGACGCGUACAUGUGCACCCUCAUCUCGCGGGGGGACCUGGCGGUCGCCGCCUCCACGCGGCCUCGGUCGCCCUCGGGAGAGCACGCCGAUGAGUACUACCCCAAGGACCACGACCUGAAGAUGGAGAUGUUCUCGCCCAUGCCCGGGGAGUCCUGUGACACCGCCACCCCUUCCCUGGGCAGGAGGAUGUCGGUGACCGGCGAGAAGUUAUCGAAGAGAGAAAAACCGAGAGAGUUGAUUUUCCCGUCGAACUAUGACCUCCUGAGACACCGGCAGUACGCGACCCAUUUUCCCAUACCUCUGAGCAAAAAACAACCAAAAUUAUAUUGAGCCAAAGCAGCCAGACACAAAAUGGGUAUAUAGAGGGUGAUUCCACCUAAACGCAGACCUGCAGGUUAAACUGAGCUCCGGCGAAGGGAAUCAGGAAUGCGGACACCUGUGACCACAGAGGAAC